AUGGCAGCAGCCGAACCAAAGGCGGCGCCGUCCGCCGAGAACCAGACCACGCAAAAUCUGAAUGUAGAUGCGACCGCGGCCGUCAUAUCGAGGUGGUCCGACCUCCACGUGUCAAAACCAGCAUCUGUCACCACACCGGGGUCAGAGCAGGAUGUCAUCUCUGCGAUCCGUCUCGCCAAAAGCAAGCAUCUGACCAUUGCAGUCGGCGGCGGCGGCCACGCCACCUUUAUCCCUGUCGACUCGUCUACACUAUACAUGGACAUGAAGUUAUUCCAGUCCAUAAACAUCGAUAAAGAUGCCGGCGUAGUGAGAGUCGGGGGUGGUGUCACGACCGGCCGGCUUCUCAAGUGUCUCGCCGAGAAUGGCCUCUACACACCCCUGAGCGACUCGAAUGCCGUCGGCGUUGUCGGAUCAUUGCUGGGCGGGGGACAAAAUUCUCACGUCGGACUGCACGGAUACAUGGUCGACAACGCGGUAUCCUUUCGGUUGGUCACGGCCGACGAAGAGGUCAUUGACGUCGACGCACAAUCUACAGGCGGCAAGGCAACGCUCUUCCAUGCGCUGUGUGGUGCCGGGCAAGGGCAUGGAGUUGUCGUAUCGGCCACGAUGAAGGUAUAUCCCCUCGCAGGUCUCCAGCUCACAGACAACAAGAUCUGGACACGGGUCAUGGUCUUCCCGUCUCCCGCGUUGGCGCAUGUCGUCGAGGCUUAUCUGGCAUUGCUUCCUGUCCCCGGCCCUCUCUACCCCCAGCUCCUCUUCCAACGGGCGCCUCCUGGGACGCCCGUGGCCGGAAGUCCCACCGUUGUUCUUUCCGUCACGUACUUUGGUCCGGCGAGUGAGGCCGAAAAAGCCGCUUCUGUCUUGUUCGCGGCGGACCUCAACAACGCCGCCGUUCAGGUAGACUCAAACAUGAUCGAUGCCAGCCAUUUGAAUGACGCGCUAGAGCCUCUGAAUGUUCAUGGGGGGUUGAAAUCGGCAUGCGGCGCACGACUGGGAAAAGUCAAUGCCAAAAUGAUCACCUCGAGCUUUGCCAAAUGGCUCGCCAUUACCGACGAGCUGCCGGAUGCCCACAGAUCACUCGUCUUCCUCCAAUCCUUUAACCCGGCCGUCCUGGAGGCCAAGGGGAAGUCGGAUCCGGGGAAGCACAUGUUCCUCGAGGCGCGGGAUCGCGGCUUCUUUCUGGUUGUGGUGAAUUGGUGCACUACGCAGUCUUCCCUUGAGAAGCUGCAGCCGUAUGCGGAUGAUGUGCUGCACGUUUGUCGCAGCGAGGAUGGCGCAACGCCGAGGACGAUCCCGAAUACAAUGCGAUACAAGGAGCCUCUAAAGGAUAUCUUUACGGGCGAGAGAAUCAUGGAGCUUCACCACUUGAAAAAGUCCUGGGACCCCAUGGGUGUGUUUUGGAGUCCUUACGUCGGCGCUUAUCGGCACCAUCACGAAGAGGUUGCUCCAUGA